GGGGGGCGCAGAGGUCCAGAUACCGGCGGAGCCGGUCUUGUGGUCCCAUUGGGGACUUGGGCUUUCAGGUAAUGAGGAGGAGGGACCGGCGGUGUAGCCAGAGGGCUGUUAAUGGGUGGGUGUGGAGGUUUGGUGGGCUGCGUGGGUGUAAUAGAGGUCUGGUGGGAGUGUUAUUGGGGAAUCGGUGAGGGCUAAAAGGCGUGUUUUAGUCGAUGUGUUCAAGGGGGCCAAUGGGAUGUGUUCGUUAAUUAAUGAGGGGAUGGUAGAGUGGGCAACUAGAAGAUAAUGGGAGGUAGGUAGGAGUGUGAUCCUUGAGGGACUGAUGGAGGUAUGAUAUUCAACGGGUUAAAGAGUGGUGGGGCAUAGUGAUUGAAAGGAUAAUGGUGCGACCGUGGAGGGAAUAAUAGAGGCCAGUAAAAGUCAUGAUCAAGGAACUAAUGGGAGUAGUGAUCAAAGAAGAGAGAAUGAGAGGCUGAAGGGGUGUUGUAAUCAAAAGAUUUUAGUGGGUGAUGAUGGUAUGAUCAUUGAAGAAUUAAUAGGAGCAGAGUGAGCAAAGAGGGGGUAAUAGUAAGCUGUUGGGUGUGAUCAUCAAGUGAUCGUUGGGUGGGGAUAAAGGUGGGCAGUGAGGGGAGAAUGUGGAACUGAUGUAUGAUUAUCAGGGAUUAACAUGAAUGUGUGGUAGUGAAGGGUUACAAGGGGCUAGUGGAGUGAUCUAUGAAGGAUCAGUUGGAGGGCCAGGUUAAUGGGGACUGAUAAAUCAUAGUAAUUGAGAGCUCGAUGGGGGACUAAUAGGCCAUGAUUCUCCAGGCAUUAAUGGGGGGGCAGUGAUAAAGAUGUAGUAAUAAGGGAAUUAUUGGGGGCCUAAUCACUUCAGGGGAGAGAGAUUAAGGAGGUGGGGAGUGCAGUGAGGUAGUAUGAGGACAAUGGGGUGAAAACAAGGGAUUAAUGGGGGGCUAGUAGGGCUAUAUGACUCUAGGGGCAAUGAGGAGAGCUGGGAAGACAGUAAGAUGUUAUUGGGGGUAAGGUGGGCAGAGAAGGGUUGAUAGUGGGGUUUAAUAUGUGGUGUGUGAGUGACAGCAGUGGGAGGUGGACAGGGUCAGUAAUGGGUCAUCUAUGAGAUAUGGGUUGGGUUUGUGGGAUCUUUGGGGGGGAUCUGUGGGGUUAGUGAUGGAGCCUGAGAGCUCAGUGGUGGGGUCCUUCAGGCUCAGUGAGGUCAUUGGGGUUAGUGACUGGGCUCCAGCCUUCCCACCUGUUGAGUGAGCUGUCACAUGGAUCAGAUGAGCCCGGUUUAGUUUUUGUGGUUCUCGCUGCCCUGCAGAGGUAGGUGAUGGCCCACUUACUGAUAUAGGGCGGCGUCAGCUUACUGUUGGCAGGUCCCUGGGCAAACAGUGUGUGAGAUGGGACGGACGUCAAAGGAUAAGCGGGAUGUCUACUACCGCCUAGCCAAGGAGAAUGGCUGGCGUGCCCGCAGUGCCUUCAAGCUGCUACAACUUGACGAGGAAUUCCAACUCUUCCAAGGUGUGACGCGGGCAGUUGACCUGUGCGCGGCCCCGGGCAGCUGGAGCCAGGUGCUGAGCCAGAAGAUUGGGGGCCAGGGGUCCGGCCACGUGGUGGCCGUGGACCUUCAGGCUAUGGCUCCACUACCAGGUGUGUUACAGAUCCAGGGGGAUAUCACCCAGCUGUCCACUGCCAAGGAGAUCAUCCAGCACUUUGAGGGCUGCCCCGCGGACCUAGUGGUGUGCGACGGGGCUCCUGAUGUAACCGGCCUCCAUGAUGUUGAUGAGUAUAUGCAGGCCCAGCUCCUCCUAGCCGCUCUGAAUAUUGCUACACAUGUCUUGAAGCCAGGGGGCUGCUUUGUGGCCAAGAUCUUCCGAGGCCGGGAUGUGACACUGAUCUACAGUCAGCUGCGUGUCUUCUUCUCCACCGUGCUCUGUGCCAAGCCCAAGAGCAGCCGGAACUCCAGCAUUGAGGCCUUUGCUGUCUGUAAGGGUUAUGACCCCCCUGAGGGCUUCCUGCCGGACCUGACCAAACCCCUGCUGGACCACUCUUACGAUCCAGAUUUCAACCAAUUAGAUGGUCCCACCCGCAUCAUUGUACCAUUUGUGACCUGUGGGGACCUGAGUGCAUAUGAUUCGGACCGCAGUUACCCACUGGAUCUAGAGGACGGCUCAGAAUACAAGUAUACUCCGCCCACGCAGCCCCCCAUCUCACCACCAUACCAGGAGGCCUGCACCUUGAAGAAGAAGGGGCGGCUGGCCAAGGAGAUGCGCCCCCAGGACUGCCCCAUCAGCACAGUGGACACGUUGCCCCAGUCCCUGGCCGCCCCACAGCGCCACACCCUGCUGGCCUCUGAGGUCUGGAAACACGGGCCCAGAGCCCUUAAUGCCCUUUCUCUGUGCCCACAGUGACCCCCUCCUCGUGUGCCUCCUUCUGCCCCAAAUCACAUGGUUUCUGGGACAAACUUCUCUUCCCUGCCUCCCAAUAGCUAUAAAAGUCAAUGGGUAAAACCAAGUACAGUGAACAGAAAAGCUUAGCCAAGUAUCUGAGUCCCUUCUUUUUUUCUUGAGUAGGUGGAAGACAGUGAAAUGAACUGUUCGCCUUAAGAUGUUAAGGUAAAUUUGCCUUUUUGUCUAAGAAUUUGAGUAAAUGGCACCUUUAAGAAAAAACUGAGUAAAAUUUCACCUUUGAAAUUUUUACAUCAGCUGGUAAGAUUUCAGUCAGCAGACCUUUACUAAAACACCUGAUCUUAUGUGCCAGGAACUGCUUUAAGGAUUUUACAUAUUGAGGUACUCAGUAAACAUUUAUUGAACACAUGCUGUGUGCUGGGCAUUGUUCUAGGUUUGAAGAUAGAGCAGGGAAUAACACAGACAAAUAUCCUGGCCGUCAGAGCUUCUAGUUUGGGAAAGAGGUGAUAAGCAGUGACACAGUCUAAAUGCAGGAGUUUCCACCCACACAUACACAAACUAUUUAUCUUGACCUCUCUAUAUAUGUACGUACACACACACACACACACACACACACACACAAAAUGUAAAAGUAAUAUGGGAUAUGAAGAAAUUUUUAAAGCAGGGUAAAGAGGUCAAGAAUUCUAGGAGGUGGCAGUUUGCAGUUUUUGAAAAGGUUAUCAUGGAAGGUCUCACUGAGGUAAUGUUUGAGCAGAGACCUGAAGAAGAUGAAGGAGGGAAUCGUGUGUUUAUCUAGGGGAAGAGCAUUCCAGGGAGAGGAAAUAGCAAAUACAAAGGCCCUGAGGUGGAACCCUGCCUGGUAUGUGAGGGAGCAGUGAGGAGCCAGUUUGCCUGGAACAGUCUGGGCUAAACCUAUCAGUGCUGGAGGGCUUCGCACACUCAGGAUACCACAUUAGAGGACAUCCCUGUCUGGCAAUGGCUUUGCAGGUUAUUCAGACCAAGUCUUCCAUUAAAAUAAGAAGUAAAAAAGACAUCUUUAAAAAAAUGAAAUGGCAAAUCACAAUGGGAAGAGAUAUUUAUAAUCCCUAUAUAUAGUAUCCUUGAUAUUUAAAAAACUGCUAUAAAUCAGUAAGGAAAAGAAAAUAUGAGAAUGGCCAGUAAGCACAUGAAAAGCUGCUCAUCAGGGAAAUGCAGGCUAGAACUAAAAAGAUUGACAAUACUAAGCGUCUGGAAGGAUGUGCAGCAGUUGGAACUCUUGAAUACGCCCAUGGCAGCAUAUAAUGGUGUAGCCACUGGAAAAUUGUUAGGCAUUAUCUGCUAAAGCUGCAUGUGUGCCAGUUCCACUCCUAAGAAAUGAGUACUAGAAUGUUCCUAGCCAGCACUAUUUGUAGUACCCCCAGACUAGAUACAGCCCAAAUAUCCAAUAGCUGUAGUAUGGAUCGUUAAAUCCUGGUUUAUUCGCAGUGGAGAACUACACAUCAAAGAAUGAACAUUAUAUGUUUUAUGCAUUUUUCUGUGUGUUAUGGUUCACAAUGAAAGUAAAGGAAAAAACUUCAAAAAAAUGUUAGUAGCUGAGCAAACAAUGAUUAUAGUAGAAGACAGUGGGGAAACAUAUUUUGGUUUAAAACUUCCUUUUACUUUGACCUUUAGUUAGCUGGCAAUCUGAUAAGGACUCGGAAGCUGUUUGCUGUCAGGAAAACCAGAACUUGAGUUGAUGAACUUGUUUUCAAAUAUCUCAUCAACCGGUCCUGAACAUACAAGCUCCGAGUGGGAACCUGCAGCAACCACCAGGAACACAGCGAGGAAAGAAACAUCACGGAAUGUCCGUCUGCACUGCAGAGGGGAUUCUUGAGUGGGGUCUUGUCUCUUCUCUAAAUCUUUCCAGCCGUGUCCUGAUUAUGUCCAGAAUUUACCCUGAGAGCGGGGGUUCUUAACCUUGGUAGAAGUCAGGGUUAUGUGUGGAUUUGAUGGAGGGAUAUAUUACAUCUUUAUUUUCACUAAAUAUAACUGAAAUUUUAGCUGCACCCCCGGAUCUGAAUGUUGGCGUCAAAUCACAAUAGUAAAAGCAGUGCCUGCAACUUCCACCAAUACAGAUCACAGUUACUUUUUUAUGUUAUGUUACAGUCGUUGCAGGCAUCUUAAAAUAUUGUUCACAUUGGUCACUACUUUGAAUAAGAUCUUAAAAUUUGAUGUAUUAAUAAAAAAAGUUCAUAUAGCA